AUGUCUCAAAUUCCUGCAAUCGCAAUCCACGGAGGAGCAUGGGCAAUUCCUGAUAAUCUUGCUGAAGCCAGCGUAGAGGGUGUCAAAGUUGCAGCUCAAAUAGGGUACACGAUAUUACAGAAAGGAGGAUCAGCGGUUGAUGCUGUAGAAGCUGCAGUAAGAAGUCUAGAGGAUGAUCCCGCUUUUGACGCAGGAACAGGAUCAGUGUUAAAUACAGAUGGCGAGGUAGAGAUGGAUGCAGUAGUCAUGGAUGGUAAAGACUUGAAAUGUGGAUCUGUAGCAUGCAUACAAAACAUCAAAAAUCCAAUAUCCGUAGCAAGGCUUGUAAUGGACAAGACGGAUCAUGUUUUAUUGGUAGGCAAAGGAGCUAACAAAUUUGCAGAAAAAAUGGGUGUUGAAAGUGUCCAAACAAAACAACUUGUCACCGAAGAAGCUAUCAGAGAAUGGGAACAGUAUGUCAAAUUCAAAGUCACAGUGGAUACUUUAUUUAAACAAAGAAACCCCAUUGGACAUGAUACAGUAGGUGCAGUAGCAAUAGAUACAUCAGGCAAUGUAGCAUUUGGAACAUCAACUGGUGGUAUUACAGCUAAAAUGCCCGGCAGAGUUGGGGAUAGUCCUAUUAUAGGUUCUGGUGGGUAUGCUGACAAUAAUUCUGGAGCAGUGUCUACUACAGGACAUGGAGAAUCAAUACUCAAAGUUUGCUUGGCUAAAAAUAUCACUACAUUAUUAGAACAAGGUAAAUCUGUGCAGGAGGCAGCUGAGGAAUCAUUAUCUGUCAUGGCCACAAGAGUUCAAGGUUCAGGAGGUGUGGUUGUAGUUGACAAGCAUGGAAAUGUUGGCAAACAUUUUACCACAGAAAGAAUGGCAUGGUCAUGGAUAAAAGACAACCAAUUAAGUUAUGGAUUGAACCCAUCAGAACAUUUCACUGAAAUAUUAAAAUAAACAGUUGUUAACUUCUACAUCAUUUGGUCUAUGGUGGAGAGUUGUCUCAUUGGCAAUCAUACAACAUCUUCUUGC